GCUUGCUAGAUUUACCAACGACUACAGAGCCUCUGUAAGGCCACUCUUACCGAGCCUACCAAACCGCAAGCACAACCAUCACCACCACCAAUGGCCACUCCCUCCUCCACCCCAGUAGACACACCAGACGAAAACCCCGAUACUACAACAAAAAAGAAGAGAGGACCAAACUGGCUCCCCCGAGAGGAAGAGCAGCUUGCCAUCUCUUGGAUCAAUGUCAGCGAACAACCAGAAUUCGCUACAAACCAAACGGGGGAGACAUUCUAUCGGCAAAUUGAGCAGGACUUCAACACCCACUCCAAGGCGCACUAUCGUGAUCGGGCUCAAAUUAAAACUCGAUGGACCGCGAUGAACACAGCUACCCUCAAGUUCUCUGCAAUCUACAACGCGAUCGAACGAAACCCUCCCAGCGGGUCUAGCCCUGAAGAUUGGCUUGAAGCAGCCAAAACAAACUACCAAGAACAGACCAAAGGGACUGCCUUCAAUGCCCUCUCCGCAUGGCAGAAGCUCCGCUAUGCCCCAAAAUGGCGAGCCGAUCCGCGAGUGAUUCAACCAUCAACACCAGCCCCGUUGGACCCACAAACUGAUCCCACUGGAUCUCCGACGGAAACACUGAUUACUGGUGUAUGUACCCCAAGCAGUCGUUCGGCAUCUUCGAUAUUGCGUCCGAUCGGUGGCAAGGCAGCCAAGAGGCGUCGGAUCGAGGGAUAUAGAGAUGAUGAGAUGAUGUCGCAAGCAAACGAGUUUGUUAGCAUCUCUCAAGAUUGCCUGCUCUCCCUUAACCAAGCAAACGACAUUCUCAAGGCAAAGAACGAGAUACUCAGGGAGAAAAUGAAGAUCGAGGAGAAGAAGCUUGAAUUGGAAGAAAAAAAGGUUUUGAUUGAGGAGGAGCAUCGCCGAAGCGAGACCCAGAUGAAUGACUACAAGCUGCUGCGUGAAAACGAGGAAAUGGAAGACGACGAAACUAAGGAGGUCCUUCGCAUUAUGAAGGAUGAAAUCAAGAAGAAAUGGCGUGCUAGAGCCUAG